UUUAUUUCUAUACAAUCCUCUAAAGGAGUAGAUCAAGGUGGUUCAUCUAUUAACCAUAAAGGAAAAAUCGGUUAUAGUAGUAAAAGCUUUUACAUUCUUGCAGUUCUGGAACAUACCAAUAAUAGAAAAUAGUUCAUCAUAUUACCACCCAACAUUUUUAAGAGUAUUCCAGUAUUGCUGACUGCUGAAAUAUGGCCGAGACCGAAACUACCACCAAACAUCCUAAACUUGGCGGCUAUGAAUUCUUUCAUAAAAUACUCAAAUCUCCAAAGUUUGUGGUGGCUCCAAUGGUUGAUCAAAGUGAAUUGGCAUGGCGUAUGAUGUGCAGGAAGUAUAAAGCAGAUCUGUGUUAUUCCCCCAUGUUCCAUAGUAAUUUAUUUGCCAAUGAUCUGAAAUAUCGUAAAGAUGCUUUGCAGACAUGUCCAGAAGAUCGACCGCUUAUUAUACAGUUCUGCGGCAAUGACCCAUCUACUUUAUUAGAAGCAGCAUUGUUGGCUCAGGAUUACUGCGACGCAGUUGACAUUAAUCUGGGUUGUCCGCAAGCCAUAGCUAAACGUGGCCAUUAUGGCGCUUUCCUACAAGAGGAAUGGGAAUUGUUGGAAGAGAUCGUAAGAACGUUGCAUGAAAAUCUUAAGGUUCCAGUUACAUGUAAAAUCCGCAUAUUCGAAGACAGGGAGAAAACCAUACGAUACGCACAAAUGCUAGAAAAAGCGGGUUGUCAGUUACUAACGGUGCAUGGUCGAACCAGAGAACAAAAAGGACCCUUAACCGGAGUGGCUGAUUGGUCUUAUAUUCGUGAGGUCAGGGAAAAUAUUAAAAUUCCCAUGUUCGCUAACGGUAACAUAUUGGGUGUCGAAGAUAUUUACAGAUGCAUUGAGGAAACUGGGGUGGAUGGCGUAAUGACAGCUGAAGGUAACCUACAUAAUCCUGCAAUAUUUACCGGCAUGCAAGUCAAAUCGUGGGAAAUGGCUGACGAAUACUUAAACUAUGCCGAAAAAUAUCCCUGCCCUAUUUCCUUUAUUCGGGGACACUGUUUUAAACUGUUUCAUCAUUUGAUGAAUUUGAGGCCUAACAGUGAAUUGCGCGAGGAACUUGCUGUAGCGAAUAGUAUAGACAAAUUUCGCGAUGUUGUAAAAAAAGUGCAAUCCAAAUACGAGCCCUAUCAUGAAGGUGCUCAGCUGUAUAAAGAAGAAGAAGUAGAUCCCAGCGUAGUUCAAGAAGAAUUAUUCUACAAUUUAGCUCUUCCGCCGUGGUUAUGCCAACCAUACAUUAGAGUUCCACCUGAAAUGCAUAAACAAAUUCUAGCAGAAAAAGCGCGCCGUGCUGAAGAUCCUAAUCGUGAGAAACGACAAUACUUUGAUAAUGAUGGCCAGGAGAUAUCACGAAAACGCAUGAAGAAGCUCAGACGACGUAUGCGUCGACCCAAUAAACCAGAAGGACGCCACGAACGCAACUUGGAAAAUUGUAGCGAUUGUACAAAUCCGAUGGGUUCGAAAUGUGAGUUUCAACUUUGUCGUAUUUGUUGUCGAGAGAAAUGCUAUAGUCAGGACAUGGAUUGUCGUGGUCAUGGUAUUUUAAUAAAAUCAAGAAGAGCAAAGGCAAAGUUAUUUGAAGAAUCUAAAAAUGAUUCGGGUGUUGCUGAAGAGGCCGAAGAAGAAUCCGAUAAAAGUACAAAAGAUGAUGAUAAUGAUACGAAUGAAGAAAUGGAAAAAGUAAUUUGCGAGGAUACGAACAAAUCAGCACAAUCAUUGAUCAGAUGAUCCUCGCAUAUGAGUCAAAGUUUAAAGAGCAAUACGAGUAUAUCUAGCUAAAUACAUAGGAUUUUUUAUGUACGUUUAAGAACUGAUAUAUUGUGUUUAUAGAAACAGAAAUAAAUAAAUUUUAUGGACAAUAA